AUGCCUCCACGGAGCAAAGAAGCGGCACAGAUUGUGCAACAACUGCUCCCUGCUCAUCACCGGCUACCGCAGCGUACGGCGCAGCGAUCGCUCUGCUUCCAAUGCCAGACACGACUGCUCCAGUCCUAUUCCCCGUCGAGACGUUCACUCCCAUUGUUGACAGUCUCGACACAAUCACAAUCACAAUCACAUCGAGAUCUCAACAGCAGGACAUUCUCAACCUCUACACCCUUUCUCAAGAAAUCGUCCUCAUCGUCCAAAUCCGCACGUAAAUCCCCCUCGCUCGACUCCCUCACCCACAAAGAUGCAGUACAUAUCCCGGACAACAAGGCCACGCGCAACCGCGAUUCUGAGAUUGACCCUUAUGACUUCUCCGAGCUCGAGGCGGGCAUUGCAAAGGCCGUCACACGUCUGAAAGAGGCGCUGGUCAAGACGAAAGAUGCGGGAAGAGUCACGCCGGAGAUGAUCGAGGCGCUGCCCGUGGAGAUCAACCUCAAGGGCCACGAGACCGGGAGAAGCGGUCCGCAUAAAGAGAAGGCCAAAAUAGGGGAUCUGGCGAGUGUGGUUGCUAAGGGGGGAAGGAGUGUGCAGAUCUUCUGCGCUGAGGAGGCUCACGUCAAACCCAUUGCAUCAGCCCUGCUCGCCAGCCCCUACAGUCUCGUCCCCCAGACCACCGCUCCCCACACGCCCGGCACCACCUCCGUCUCUCAAUCCAACCCACCCACAUCCUCCAACCCGCUCCUCAUAACCGUCCCCGUACCCCCCAUCACCGCAGAAACCCGAAACCUCGCGCGCGCCGAGGCGAAAAAGAUGUUCGAGCGGGCAUCACAGGAGGUCCGCAAUGCGCGGGGGGAGGCGCAGAAGAGACACCGAAAGAUGGAGCUGGGGAAAUUGGUGAUUGUGGACGAGUUGCGCAAGGCGCAUAAGCAGAUGGAAGAAGUGGUCAAGAAGGGACAGGAUGAGGUCAAGAAGGUUUAUGAGGCGAGCUUGAAGGCUCUGGAUGGGUGA